AUCUCUUGUCUCCUCAAUAACCUCAUGAUUUGAUCACCCACUUAAAUUAAAUCACUCCCCAUUUGCAAACCAUAUACUAUAUCCUCUCUCCCACAAAAAUUCAAUAAAUUAAAAUACCAAAAAAAAAAGCAAAGAUGAUGCCCAAUAUUGAUCCAAGUGGUGAAGGAUCCUCAGCUCCUCCACCUCCACCUCCACCACCGCGGCCUCAGCUGAGCCGGUACGAAUCACAGAAGCGACGCGACUGGAACACCUUCGGGCAGUACCUGCAGAACCAGCGGCCCGCGGUGGCGCUGCCGCAGUGCAACUACACGCACGUGCUGGAUUUCAUGAAGUACUUAGAUCAGUUUGGGAAGACCAAGGUCCACGUCCACGGCUGCGUCUUCUUUGGCCAGCCCGACCCAGUGGGCCCCUGCGCUUGCCCUCUCAGGCAGGCGUGGGGCAGCCUAGAUGCCCUCGUGGGCCGCCUCAGGGCGGCCUACGAGGAGAACGGUGGGGCCCCUGAGACAAACCCUUUUGCCAACGGGGCCAUCAGGGUUUAUCUCAGGGAUGUCAGGGAUUCCCAGGCGACUGCCCGCGGAAUCCCUUAUAAGAAGAAGAAAAGAAAGAGGAAGAAAAAUAGUGAAGGUGUGGCCUCAAAUUUUCAUCAGAUGCAAUCUUCUGGAAUUUAAUUUGACUAUGGUAAUACUAUUAUUUAUAUUAUAAUAUCAUAUACUAUUAAACUGUGCUACUUCUUAAUUUUCUUUUGGUGCAAUCUUGUAAUUCAAAAGAUUUUAUUUCAUACAAAUAUAUGUAUGUCUUUUGCA